UUUCCCAUGUUCGUACCACCUCCUUCUCUCUCUCUCCAACACACACCCAUUAACCCAUACACACAACACACAUACCCACCCAAGUCACGACCGUCAAUUCUUUUACAGCCUCUCUCUUCCAUUGGGUCAAAUUUUCAAUCUUCUUGAAAUUUUUCGUACUCCGUCUUACUGAUCAUCGGUCCCGACUUCAAAUUUAAAUUCGUCUUGCAAGUUCCUUGGAGAGAAAGAAACGGAGAUUUUCUUUUGUAUGGGAAAAGAAUGCCGGAUAUGAGAAGUGGAGUUCGGCGAUCAAAGAGGGUGAAUAAUGUCCAGGAGAAUCCUUCUGUUGUGGUUACAACUGUUAGGCCUGGCACAGGAAAAGGCCUGGCUGGUAGAGGCAGAGGUAGAGGAGUUAGAGCUAUGGAUCAAGAAAAUGCCAAACCUCUUGGUGCUGGAGCUGGAGCUGGUGGCCUUGGACGUGGGGGUUUGGACUUGCUAAAAAAAGAGGUUGUUGCCAUUCAGGAUGAGCAGUUGGUUCAGAAAUGUGCAGAAAAAUUAAAUGCUGAGGCGGAGGGGAGCACAAGUCCACUUCCUGAAAGGGUUCAGGUUGGUAACUCCCCUGUGUAUAAGUUAGACAGAAAGCUGGGUAAAGGAGGUUUUGGGCAAGUAUAUGUUGGAAGAAGAGUGACUGGUGGCACAGGGCACGCUGGGUCUGAUGCCUCUGAGGUUGCUUUGAAAUUUGAGCAUCGAAAAAGUAAAGGAUGCAAUUGUGCUCCUCCUUAUGAGUGGCAAGUAUACAGCACUCUUAAUGGGAGCUACGGACUUCCCUUGGUGUAUUAUAAAGGUCAACAAGGAGACUACUAUAUCCUAGUGAUGGACAUGCUAGGCCCAAGUUUAUGGGAUGUUUGGAACUCUAACAACCAGAUGUUGUCGGAAGAGAUGGUUGCUUGUAUAGCAGUGGAGGCAAUAUCAAUUCUAGAGCAACUUCAUUAUAAAGGUUUUGUGCACGGAGACGUUAAGCCAGAGAACUUUUUGCUUGGUCAGCCUGGAACACCUAAUGAAAAGAAGUUGUAUCUUGUUGAUCUUGGUUUGGCUUCGAGAUGGAAGAUUGCAUCUUCUGGUCGACAUGUUGAUUAUGACCAAAAGCCUGAUGUUUUCAGGGGAACGGUUCGUUAUGCAAGUGUACAUGCUCAUUUGGGCAGGACAGGAAGCCGAAGGGAUGACUUGGAGUCAUUAGCAUAUACACUAAUAUUUCUACUUAGAGGGAAACUUCCCUGGCAAGGUUAUGUUGGAGAGAACAAAGGAUUUCUUGUUUGUAAGAAGAAGAUGUCAACUUCUCCUGAGAUUCUAUGUUGCUUGUGUCCUCCUCCUUUUCAACAAUUUCUUGAGAUGGUGACCAAUAUGAGAUUUGACGAAGAGCCAAAUUACUCAGAGCUAAUUUCCCUUUUCAAUGACAGCAUUGGUUCCAAUGCUACACUCCGACCCAUCAGAACCGAUGGAGCUAUCAAGGCGGGUCAAAAAAGGGGGAGAUCACUUGUUGAAUUAGAAGAUGGUGGGCAGCUUAAAAAGAAAGUUCGACUUGGUACUCCAGCCACCCAGUGGAUCUCAGUCUAUAAUUCCAGAUCAUCAAUGAAGCAGAGGUAUCACUACAAUGUUAUGGAUUCAAGAUUACAACAGCACGUGGAGAAAGGAAGAGAAGAUGGUUUGUACAUUAGCUGUGUAGCUUCAUCAGCCAAUUUGUGGGCUGUCAUUAUGGAUGCUGGGACAGGUUUCACAUCCCAGGUUUAUGAAUUAUCUCCCAUGUUCUUGCAUAAGGAGUGGAUAAUGGAACAGUGGGAUAAGAAUUACUACAUCACUUCAGUGGCUGGCGCAUGCAGUGGCAGUGCCUUGGUGGUAAUGUCCCAAGGGGUGGCUUACACUCAGCAGUCCUACAAAGUCAGUGAUAUAUUUCCUUUCAAAUGGAUCAAUAAGAAGUGGAAAGAAGGCUUCUCAGUUACCUCCAUGACCACUGCAGGUAGCAAAUGGGGAAUUGUCAUGUCCCGAAAUGCAGGUUAUCCUAAUCAGGUUGUUGAACUUGACUUCCUCUAUCCAAGUGAAGGGAUUCAUAGAAGAUGGGAAAGUGGAUAUAGGAUCACCUCAACUGCUGCUACAACAGAUCAAGCUGCAUUCAUACUUAGUGCACCCAAGAAGAAAUCACUAGAUGUCGCACAAGAAACUCUGAGGACAUCUGCCUUUCCUUCUAAUCAUGUUAAGGAGAAGUGGUCAAAGAAUCAAUAUAUUGCAUCCAUCUGCUAUGGCAGAACAGCGUCUUGAAGGGCUUGGAAGAAGAAAUUGCACUUGCAUAUCCCUAGCAGGCUGGGCUUUUGAAUGAUUCAGAAAGUCUUGGAGUAAGCAUAGAAGAUGCUUUUUCUUCAUGUUGAGUUGCUUGCGCAAAGAAACAUGCAGGGAGGAGAAGCUUGAAUUGUGCCAGCCUCAAUUCUUUUUGGUCAUGGGCUGUUCAAUUUGGUUCAGUUCCUUAUUAUUGAUGGGGCAUAUCCCCCGUGUUCUUAUUAUAGUUUCAUACGAAUACGAUCAGCAGUUUGCAGAAAACUCUUAAGAGACAGCAAGAGUUUGAAAAGGAUGAGAGAAGUGCUACAGCUCUGUGGGUGGUUUACCUCAAAAAAUUUGCCAGGCUUGUAUCAUUAUCAAUUAUUACUAAAUGGUUAUAAGAAAUCAAUUGAAUCAUCAUUUUAAGAUUU